UUCCGUGUUAUGUUACGGAGAGACCUUUACGUAACGUCUUACUUUUUUUAAACACGCUGAAACGUUUUUGUGGUGGUAGAGAGUAGACACAUUUUCUUUCUUAAAUAAGAAUAUUUUUCCGUUUAGAAUAGAGAUAAACUUCGUAAUGAAAGUUGAAAAUCGUGUCAAGGUGAUGACAAAUUAAGUCGCUGAAAUGGCUAAUAUGAAUACUAGCAAGAUCCAGCAACUAUGGGAGCUUUUUAUUCAAGCUGAUGCGGCUACAUAUGAGAGAUCUCUUUGGUUGGAUGUGUUUCUCGCUGAAUUAUUGGCAAAUCUCAAAGAUGGUGAGAGUAAGGAAGAGAUGCUAUCAUUUGGUGCGGUGGGCAGCAUGGCCACUCUUAUCGGAUGUGAACUGAUGGCUGACAUUCGACAGAUCUGCUCUGGGCCAGGGGACAGUGAUGAUCUUGCACCGGUCUUGCACUAUUGCCUCGAAGGGCGAGGCUGGAGGUGUCUUGCAGCACUGUGCUGUCUUGGUGUUGAGGUAAAUAUGUCAUGUGCUCGAGAAUUGGCGGAGCUUCUCAUCUUUAUCUACCCUGUUUGUUUCGAGACUGGACAAACGAGACCACCUAAUGAAAAUCCGUACCUCGGGUAUCACCGUAUGAGAAACGUAGAAAAUGUUUUGAAAACGAGAGUUCCUUUGAGACACAAGUUCCGCGCAAGCGGCCACUCUUCUGCGGCGGCUGUCUGCUCCCCUCGCGCCGAGUUCACGCGCAGCUUCAGCAUCUCGUCGACGGGCCGUGCUCGCCGCGUCAGGACACAGAGCAGCAAUGACGGAACCAAGAGCAGCUUGGCGGCUGCCACGAGUGAUUCAGAACAUCAGGGUGAAGACAUUGACUUGUCCAGAAACAAAUCAAAUACCAUCAAGAUACGUCUGGAUCCUUUGGAUUUUGAUUACUUCACGUCCGUCGUGCGAAGUGAGGAUGAGGCUAGGCUGGACAGCAUCAACUACACGCCUCAUCGUUUGAUUCACAAGCACAAAGAGUCUAAAAAGUGCGCAGAAGAUUUCAUGGAUGAAAGAAUUGAAGCCGUACUGAAAUCUAAAGUAAAUGCCUUUGAAUUCAUGCAACUUGUUAUUGAAGUUCUCCAAAAUUUAUGUAGUACAAGUUUGAGUGUGUCAACAGAUAACAGUCAUCAGGUGUCUGUCCAGGUUAUUAAAUUUGCCCAGAAGAACCUUUGCUCUCUCCAGUUUGGUAAUUCACCCCCGGAGUUUUUGACAUUUGCGGAAAAUGCGGAGCUCAAAUCGGCGAUGACUUGUUUGUUUUUGAGUGCCCUUGAAAAGAUUUUGCUCUAUUCUGAAUUGACAACUACUGUGAUUCAUAAUGGCAUCCUACCAGUUAUAUUGAAGAUUCUUGAAGAUGCAAUUUCAAAAGUAAGUGCAUCUAUCAAACUAAGUGAAGAGAAUUCAGUGAUGGAUUGUGAUGAUACCUCAUCCUGUGGAAGUUUUUUGAAUGGCACAGGUGUGAGGCCAAUUUUGGCAGUUGAAGCAGAUAAAGUACAGGAAUUCAUUUUUGGAACCAUCUAUGGGAUAAUAACCUUUCAGUACUGCCUCCUUUUGCAGAAGUGCACAAUUGAUAAAUUAAGAGAUUUCUUGGAGAUAUUUCAGCUCUUCAUGGAGAGCCAUGGCGGGCAUCUUGUGGAGAAGACAAUAAUUGUUAUACUAUCAAUACCUUUUGUAAAUCCGCAAGUUUCAGAGUCAAGGGCUAAGAAGGUGAUAGACUUGGUAGGCCAGUUAAUCGUAGCUUUGAAGAAGGUGCGCAGCGAUAUCAUCCACUCCCACCAGUGCCAUAGACCUAAACACAAGCUGUGCAACAACAAUUUUUUAUUGGAAUACCAUCACCAUCAAGAUAUAUUCGGCAGUGUGUAUAGUACCUAUGUGAUGUCAAAUACACAACAGUCUUGCUGCAUUGCAUUCCUCUUCAUGGUGUUAGCGAGACUGCUGCAGAACCAAACUGUGCGCGUGGAACCUCGUAUACUGAGAGUCAUGUCCAUGUGUGGAACCUGCUGUUGUCUGCCAGUUGGUAGCCUUAUGCAUACCUUGGUAGAUUUGUGUAGGACUUCUAGCAGGAAGAAUCGUGCGCUCAUCUUUACACUGCUCGAGCAGACAGUGUACCCUGAACUGGGAGCGUUCGCAGCACCCAACAGUAAGUCGUCCUGCAUCAUCUGUAGCAAGAACAGUGACAGUAGCGUGGCCACUAUGAAGUACUUGGAGUCGGCAGAGUACACAGUUGGAGAGAGCUUGUAUGAGACUUCCCUAAAGAGGAGCAUCGAUGGCAUUGUGAUGCCUGGUGUUUCUGGUGGUGAUUCAUCCAAGGGACCCUGGAAAUGUGUUGAGAUAUUUAAGGACCUCUUGGUGUCCCCCAACUCGAAACUGUGCUAUGCCAUAACCUUGCACCUUUUGAAAGUGGCUCCCAGAUGCACCGUGUCUUUCAAGAGGGAGCUUAUCUUUGGAGUGUUCUAUCCUGUGUUCCUCUCUGCGAAGAAUGAUUACCUGGCUACCAAGUCACACAUUUCCAAGUUCACAAUCCUCUCUUGCCUGUCCAUGUUCUCCUCGCUGCUGAGCAGCAUAUUAUUUGCUGAACACUUCAUUGGGAAAGGUGGCUUGAUUCACAUUCUGGAGCUGAUCUCCCUGCCUCCGUUCUCAAAGCUCUGUUGUCACGUGCUGGAGAUAAUGGCGAUAGUGGAGAUAGCCAGGUUGGAGUGUGACUGGAAGAACCAAGGCAGUGUAGCUGAUAGCGGGAAGGCGGAUGACUUGAAGAUGCUGCCUUCGUUGUCGAUGCUGCAGCGAGCGCUCCAGGCGUCAUGCAAGAAGGUGUUGGCUAUGCUGGAGAAGGAUGAUCGUGAAACUAUUCCUGUGGCCAGGGAAGUGGCUUCCUCCAGCGAAGGAGAAGACUCCUACGUUGAUCUCCUUGGAAACGUGUCUGUUUUCUGGCGUUCCUGCGCGAACUUGGCCGUGUACAGCCCACUCUAUCGACACCACCUUCUGGACGAAAAUCUCUUGGAGGAGAGUUAUCACAUCUUGUUCCUGAUACUGCGCAGAAUUGUUUCUGGGAAACUUGUGACUGAUCAUUCUGCGCGCAACGUUGAGAUUCAUUUGCACAUGAAGAUGGUGGAGGCAACACUAACUGUCCUUAUGUGUGGUACGGCUGCUAAGUCUGAUGACAAAGGUGUCGGCAUCAGCAGAGAGAUGGUGUUGGCCAGCCUGCAGGAUGUUCUCCUCGGGGAGGAGCUGGUGGAGCAGGUCCACCUGCGGCACUUGUGCGACGCCCUGCUCCGCUGCUCUGUGGUCGAGUGCAGCAAGGAGCCCGUCCUGCCCCCGUGCCGGAAGCCCAGGCUGCCGACCCUGCUGGAGGCGACGGCCUGGGACGAGGGCCUGUCGGACGAGGAGGAGGAGGCGGCCCGGGACGGCGGGGGGCCCGGGGGCAGCGAGUCCAGCUCCUGGGAGGACGCCUACGUGACCGCGGACGAGGGCUACGAGGCGGACGUGGAGCAGCUGGAGGCCCGGGGCCGCCCGGAGGACGACUCCAGCACCGCCAGCCUGGAGGCGGCCCGAGUCCCGGGCUGGGGCAGGCACUGCAGGCAGCCGGACCUCUGCUCCCUCGCCGUCCGACUGCUCGUGCACUACACCGAGAGGUUCCCAGGGCUGCCGGAGGACUCUACCCAGGUGUCGGCGGUGGUGCACUGCGUUCAGCGGUUGGUGGCGCUGUGCCGGGACAACUCCCAGAACUGCGUGUUGCUGGCCAAGCACGGCCUCAUCACCAAGCUGCUGCAGGGCUUCUCCCACAUUCUCGGCGUUAGGAGCCAUAAUUUUGCAGAUAUUCAGAGGAUAGUGUUGGAGUUGGUGGGUCUUCUUGCAAAGCACUGCAUUACUCCAGAAGAGCUUGCACUUUACCUCAGUUUCUUCAAGACCAGGGACCCGCCAGUGGACAUGCUGCUGUCACCGCUGGUGAACCUGGUGGUGGGCAGCGAGCCGCAGCCCAACUACAUCCUGUGCUUCCCCGCGGACCUGGACGCCGCGGAGGCAGGCUACGCCGUGCCGCCCGCGGACGGCACUGGCACGGACAACUUGGCCAGCAACCUGGCGAGCUCCGUGCGCCAGCAGCACAUGCAAGCAGGGGUAUCUUCAUCUUGGUUGAAUUGCGCGGUGGCCCUCCCCAUCAACACGGACCUGGGUUGGUCCAUGUGGCUGCACGGCUUCUCCCUGUCCAUGUGGCUGCGGCUGGAGAGAGGUGGUGUUGUCGACACGGCGAAGAGCGAGUCCUCCGAGUCCCCGGCCUCCGAGGCUACCAGCUGCUCCUUCUCCGAUUGGGGGAUCAUUUCCGACAACUGGAAUAAAGAAAAUCCAUUUCAGAGCUGCUCAUCCAUCUCUCCUAAGUCAUUGGUGAACGUCUCACAGCUGCACUUGUUCAGCAUUGGUUACGAGACUCUUAUGCUGGAGGCAUGGGUGGACACUACAGUAGAUUCGCUGGUACUCAGACUGACUCGCCCUGAUUCCAAGAGCAGUGAAACCAUAACGGAAUCGACAGUAGAAAACAUCCUGCCUUCGGGAUAUUGGAACCACUUGGCAGUCAAUGUCAGGGACUACAUGCAGAAGAGGAAGAAUGUCAUUGAGGUGGUGUUGAUAGUGAACGGCUACCGCGAAGUGAAGGUGCUGAUGACGUUCGGAGGCCUCCUGGUGCGCAAGAGCCGAGCGACGGUGCUGCUCCUGGGGCAGACGUCCCCCGCCCCGCCGCACAGUCCGCCCCUGGGGGCGUGCUACCUGGGCAGCGUGAUGCUGUUCCGCAGCCCCGUGUUCACCCGCGAGCGGGCCAUGUACCUGGUGGGGCUUGGCCCCAACCACAUCAACCUCACGGAGUGCGACGUGGACCGGCGCAGCCCCAACUUCACCUCGCUCUUCGGCCCCAAGACCCUCAAGGCCGACAUCGACUGGGAGAUGAUCCUGGACGGCAAGAGUGGCAAUCUCAAGGAGUUGCAGGAUAAUCUACUUCUAAUCUACUCUGCUCAAAACCCAACAGUCGUCAGUGUUUAUCCUCAGGUGGUCACAAAUCCCAACAGCGACUGUGACGCAGGCAUGGUGAGCUCGUUCUUCCCCGGGCAGCCGAGCUUCAGGGUGGUGACGCCCGACCAGCGGGCCAGCCAGCAGCUGCCCCUGCCGGUGCAGCCGGUGCAGUUCGCCGCCCUCAACUCCCACCAGUACCAGGGGACGGUCGCCGCCGCCACCCUGCUGGGCGGGACUCCCGUCUUCCUCUUCCUGUUCGCCCGGGUGGUGGAGUUGGAAGCCAGCCAGCAGGACCAGGCCAGAGCCCUCUUCCUGCUGCUGAAGCUGGUGCAGUCGGACAGCGAGCUGUUCUCCCAGUUCGUGAACCAGGACUGCUACAAGCUGCUGCACAGGGUGCUCUCCUCGCCACGCUGCACCGCCGGCCACCACGUGCUCAAGGCAGUGCUGGACACGUGCUGCGACAAGCCGGUCCUGCAGUUCCACCCGGGCCUGCGCAAGUUCCAAGUGGUGCAGCAGUCGGACGCCAUCAUCGUCAACUCCUUCCUGCUGUCGACCAUCGUGGGCUCCUGGCGGGACUGGGAGUCGACGGACGAGGCCUGCUGCGAGGACGACGGGGAGGGGGGAGGGGUGCUGGGGACGCUGUUCCGGACCCUGCACGUGCUGCUGCGUGAUGACCACCCCUACCGCGAGUUCAACGCGGCCCAGCUUAACCGGGUGCGCAUGGUCGACGCUCUGCUGCUCUUCUGCAAGGAGCGUUUUCUCUACGACGAGUCGCCCCAGCUCCACACCUCGGUUGCUUGUUCGUUGGUGGAGCUGGUGCGUUCCCUCAUGGGUGCACCUCCCGAGUUCUGCCACGUGGUCGCGGUGUCGGACUUCCUGGUCUUGCUGCACCGCGCCAGUGCCACGUACAUCACGCACGCGCGCUCCAGUUUCUACUUCCUGCUGGCCCCGGUGCCACCCAGCCACCCCACGCACGGCAAGAACUUACCAGGAGUCAUGCAAGCAUCUGAUGAAGUAAAAGGGAAACCAAGCCAGAAGAAUGCUGAUAAGCAGAGUGUUGGUGACUUCACUCAGGCAAUUGAUCCGCAGAAGCUGAGCAAAGCUCUUACAAACCUGCAGAUCAAGCAGAACUCUGUAGACACAGCUCUUGAUGACUCCCACAUGAAUUCCUCGUACAAAGUUCAGAGGACCAUGUCACUGCCCGUGGACAGCAACAGGGUGGAAGACAGUGGGAGGAAUGUGGACUCGGGCAUCUCUGGCAGCUAUCGGGAGAGCAGUGUGGGGCUCUCUGGCUUCAUGGGGAAAGUGUCGACCAGCCCAGACCAUGAUGGCUUCGUCCUCUUCCCUUCGAUUGUCACUGCGGACAUGAAGGACAGCGCUAUGUCAGGAAAGCUCAGCCACAAGGACAUGAAGCAAAACCACAACGACCGUGAGAAAUUCACCAGUGAGACAGAAAUGAGCGUGGAGCUGGCGGCGAGCGGCGGCGACCAGGAGAAGUGGGUGGCGGGCAGCUCCCAGUGCCUCGUCGUGGAAGGGCUCCUGAUGCUCCUGCGGGACACCCUCCUGGUGCUCCCGGACAACAUGGCCCACCAGGUGCUGAACCACGUGGUCCGGGCGGAGUCCCUCCUCGUCAUGGCCAACCACGCCGACCCCCGCGUCCGCACCGCUGUCGUCAAGGUGCUGAAUGCGUACAUGCAGCGCUCGACGGAUGAGGAAGUGAACAAGUUCGUGAAGAUGAAAGGUUUCUACCAGCUGGCCAACCAGCUGGCCAUGUACCCCGCCACCCUGGACCUGGUGGAGGCUUGCGUGUGUCUGGUCACUCGCUGCCACACAUCUCUGGAGGACCAGCUGGAGACGGCCCCGUACCUCGCCGACCCGUCGUUCCUCCAGCUCAGCAGCUUCCCCCCGCUCCUGGCGCUGCUGCCGCGGGCCGUCCACGACGUGGCCUUGGCUCACAACGUCAUAGUCUUCCUCCGGGACAUCGUCUCCCAGGUUCCGAACACCAUGAGGCCUCUACUGGAUUGUGGUCUGACGGAGGUGCUGGUGAAGACUCUGAUGGCAGUAGCCCACGGCUCGUGGGUGCCCACCGACGUGUGCAAUGUUGCGGAAGAGGAGCAUCUGAUCAGUGACGUCCACAUGUCCCUGGUGUCUCUGGCAGGUGUCGUGCUGCUGUCUCCACAGGCACACCACACUCAGGUGUUGAACGACCUCCUCCUGCAGUUGACCUUCGUGGAGCAGUGGGAGAGGGGGUCUUGUGGCGUGGAGUCUUUCUGCGUGACUAUUGCCCGCAAUGCUCAGUGCGCAGUCCUAGAAGGAGCCUUGGAUAUCCUGUGGGACAAGCUAACUGCCACGUUUCAGCCAAACUCAAACAUCAGGAACAACGUCUUCCUUGCUUCAGUGUUAUCAACAAGCUAUGAUGAGUUGCCGUUACACUCUGCCAACGAGAGACUGAGCAGCAUGUCUGUCGCGUACCGGAAACCAGCAUUCUCGUCCCAGUCCGGGAGCUACUCCAGCUUCAUCAGUAAAACACACGCUCACAAAGAAAUACCACGCUCGGAGCUGAAUGAGCGAUUUAAGUCUGUACUCGUCAAAGCAGUGGAUUUUGUCAUCAACAUAGGGUCGGCGGACGGGAAGCGCCCCGUGGCCAGCACGGUGGAGCAGAACUUCUCGCGCCGGCUGCUGUCCACUCUGCUGCUGGCGGUGGGCGGGGCGGCGGAGAGGAGGAGCCCGCUGUGGGCGGCGAGGGACGUCCUGAGGACGCAGGCCGGCCGCCUGCUGGCGUGGAUGCUGUCCCCUGUGCAGUCGGAGCGCACCAGGAUGUUCGCGGUCCACGCCCUGCGGGGCGACCCCAGGGCCCGUGACCUCCUCACGGCCUGCCUUCGCACGGGCAUGCAGAUGGAGCAACUGUCUAUGUUUGUGUGGGAGCUGUUGCACAACUCUAACCUGCGACUGAACAGCUCAGAGCUGCACUACUGCCAGGAGUUGUAUGAUCGACUCUUGGUGUGGAAUCUGGCAUCUUCCAUUCUGAUUGAAAACUCUGUGUCUGACCUCUGCCUGGAAGAAGUUAGACUUCUGAUUGGAGAGAUGGAGAAGCAACACAUUCUCUGGCAAAAACAGAUCGAUCUGGCUGUGUGCAGGAGCGUGUACAGGUUCGAGAGUCUGAUGAAGGCGGUGGCGGACUGCGCCAUGGCCAUAACCAGGACGGUCGUGGAGGCCCAGAACAGCGAGCGCAAGGUCUUCAUGGAGCACAUCAAGGCAAAGUACAGCGAGGACGUUCAUGUGCGCGUCAAGUGGCAGAAGAUCAUUCAGCAGCUCACCCACGAGAGAGCAGUCUGGUUCUUUCCUCAAUCUUAUCCCAGGUCCUGGCAGCUGGAUGCAACAGAAGGUCCUGGCCGGGUGCGCAACAGACUGCAGAGGUGUCACCUGAACAUAGGGAAGAAGUACCUUAUGUCUUCAGCUCACGACAAACUGGAUGCUGCGAACAAAUCACAACCUCUGGCAUACCUUUUCGAGAGAGAUAGCCAGUCGUCCACAUCGUCUGUCCUCAUUGAACGGUUGCACACAAAUGAGAAGAUCCAGCACAUGUGCACUGCGAGAGUGGUCACGCCAGCCAAUGAAGUACCUGGAGAGUUGCUGAUCGGGGAGUCGUGCCUGUACUUCGUGGCUGAUGACAGUGUUAUUGACACUGACUUGCAUCAGGUGACAGCUGGAAGCCUAGAUGUUUCCUCAACUGCUUGGCAGUUUGACAGCAUGAAAGAAAUUCAUAAUCGCAGGUACCAGCUUCAGGAGAGAGCUUUGGAGAUCUUCCUACUUAAUGGAAAAACAUACCUUAUUGCUUUUGAGUCUUCAAAAGAACGGGACAUGUUUGUUUCGGAGCUGUCGCAAUGUCAGUGGAUAAAUCGGCAAGCAUCUACAGGAGACAGCCUCUCAGACAUUGUCCAGCUUUGGCGGGAGGGACUGAUCACCAAUUGGGAGUACCUCACUCAACUUAACAAGAUGGCUGGUAGAUCAUACAACGAUCUCAUGCAGUAUCCUGUGUACCCUUUUGUGUUGGCAGACUACCAAAGCAAAUUGCUGGACCUUACCAGCCGCAGUGUGUAUAGAAAUUUCAAGAAACCCAUGGCUGUACAGGAUAAGAAAAAUGAACAGCAUUACAUAAAUUACUACAAUUACCUGAAGCAAGAAAUGAUGGAAGGACCCAACCUCAUGUCAUUGAACCAGGAGCCCCAUCACUAUGGAUCGCACUACUCAAAUUCUGGCACUGUGUUGCACUUUCUAGUGCGCCUUCCCCCCUUCACACGCAUGUUCCUCUCGUAUCAAGACAACAAUUUUGACCUGCCAGACCGGACUUUCCACUCGAUCCAAACCACGUGGCGUCUCACGAGCACUGACUCCACCACUGAUGUCAAGGAGCUCAUCCCGGAGUUCUUCUACCUCCCAGAGUUUCUGGUGAACAUGGAAGACUUCAACUUUGGAGCCCGCCAGAACGGAGUGUCCGUGAACAACGUGGAGCUGCCUCCGUGGUGCGAGAACAGCGCCCGGUUGUUUGUUCUCAUCCAUCGCCAGGCACUGGAGUCUGACUACGUGCGCGAGAACCUGCCUCACUGGAUAGACCUGGUGUUUGGCUACAAGCAGAUGGGCAAGGCUGCCGUCGAAGCCAUCAACGUUUUCCACCCGGCAACAUAUUAUGGCUUUGACCUGGAGACAAUCAAAGACCCGUUGGAGCGAACUGCUUGGGAGACCAUGGUGAGGACGUACGGACAGACUCCAAGACAGUUGUUCCGCUCCCAGCAUCCGAUGGUUGUUCAGUCCCUUUCGACCAGGGCGCCGUUGUUCGUAGUGCCGGAUGUAAUCCCUGGAGUGAAAGGCUUGAAGUGGGGAAGUUACGUGGGAUCCCCGUCGGAGCCGGCGCCGUCCGUGGUGUGGAAGCAGCAGCACAAGACCCCGGUGGCCAGCCUCGUCUCUCUCGUCACCAACGACGUGUUCGGUCUCGCUCCGCACACGUCCAUCCUGCUCACCUAUAACAAGGAGAGAGGUCCCAGUAUGCUGAAUGCUACCUCGGUGAUGGGUGCCGCAAUCGUAAGUUGGGGUCACUCCGACAGAGUGGUCAGGGUCAAGCUGAAGAAGGAGCAGCCUCCGUGGCCUGUCAUCAAAGCUACGGGACUUGAUCCGAUCUGCCUAUGCGCGAGCGCCCCCGACUGCAACCAGCUGUGGCUGGGCCACUGGUCGGGGAGGCUGGCCGUGUACCAGUACCGCUUCAACCCCGCGCGGGGCCAGCUCGAGUUCCGGGCCAACCCCUCCGUGCUGCUGGGCCACGCUGGCCCCGUGCUCUCCGCGCACAUCUGCCCCGCCUUCAGCGUCGCCGUCACCUCUAGCCAGGACGGGUCCGCCGUCAUCUGGGACCUCAACAGCUUGUGUUACGUGCGCUCGCUGCCGGAGGCGUGCUCCCCGGUGUGUCUGUCGUGCGUGAGCCACACGUCGGGGGACAUAGCGACGGUGUGCCACAGCACCACCUCCAGUGGCUCCGUGCUCCGGCUGCACACGGUCAACGCCGCGCCGGUGGCCGAGGUCUCCACUUCGGAGCGCAUCACGGCGCUGUGCUUCUCCAAUGCUCCAGAAGGUGUCUCGGUGAAUGUGGUAGCCGUGGGUCUGGCUACUGGUGUUAUCAGGUUAUUUAGUUCAUGGGAUCUGUCCCUUGUCAGGAUGAUAAGCAGUAUUAUCACCCAUCCAAUAAUAAGCCUGACGUACUCCCACGACGCCCAGCACCUGUACGCAGCGGCUGCAGAUGGCUUAGUGGUCAUCUGGGAGGCCAGCGGACCGAAGGGUGUUAGCAAGACUCCCAAGUUCUUGAACCUCACGUCCCGCAUGGACCAGUCCGUCUCCCUGAUGCACAGUAGCUUCAGCAGCAAGUAGCAAGCUUGUACACUCUGUGUUUGACAAUUGUUGUUUUGUUUUGCGCAUUUAUUUUUGAGGAUACAUUCCUGAAAGUGAAGUACUCUAUUGUAAGUAAUAAUUAGUUAUAUCACACAUAGUUUUCAGAUUGUUAGUUUACGUUUAAAAAAUACUCUAUUGAACAUGUGGAAACUGUUUACAAAAAUAAGAAUUAAUUUUUGACAUAUAUAUGUGUAAAUUUGAUAAUUUUAAAACAGAUUUUUUUUAUCUUUUGUCAUGUUUCCUUACAGUUUGUAUAAAUUGUUAUGAAUAGUAUAAUGAAUAUGUUAAUUUAAAAGGAAUUGGUUAGUGGUUGCUGAGGUACCUGAAUUCCAUUUGUCCAUUAGUAAAUAAUUUGUGGUGUCUGUGUAUAAAUAGCUUUUUUAUUUUUUUUUUUACUUUAAGUUUUUACAAAUAUAAUUAGUUGAUAAUGAAAGUGAUUUUUUAUUUUAAUAUAUUUUUUUCAUUUUUUGGUACUUUAUGAGACUUAAUUAAUUUUUAAUGUUUUUGUAUGAGGUAUUUAUAGAAUUUUAAAGAGAAUGUUAAGAGUGAAUUUUAAAGAGAGUGUUAGUUUUAACACUUCAGUGAAAGAAUGACAUCCAAACAAACUUUAUUGUAGAAUUUUUUUAAAUUAAUUAUUGUGUAGAAUGAUUCUUGUAAAUUGUGUAAUUAUUGUAGCAGGAUUUAUUGUAAAUGACUUAAUGAUUGAAAAGCCAACAUGAAUAUGAAUUUGAAUUCGCAAUGUGUUCUUGUCUCAUUAAUUUUGUAUGAUAAUAAAAAUAUACAUGCAACAAUCAAAAUAACACAGUAUCGAGACUAUGUGCCAUCUUUAAUAUCAUUGUGCCAGUUCGGAGGUAUUUUCAUGUGUGUAAUUUUUAUGUAUAUUCAAUAUUAUUUGGCAGUUUUCCUUUAUCGACCAUCUUUUGUAAUUAAUAAUUUAUAUUGGAAAUGUGUUUUUGUAAACUGCCUUAUAUAACGUAACAUUAUAUACUGAAAAAAGAAAAACAUUUAUAAUUUGUUGAUUCUAAAGUACUUAUUAUAUACAUAUAUAUGUAUCUAUGUAUACUAUGGCCAUUAUUGGGUUUAAAACAUUUGUGUGUUCGUAAUGAUUGGAAAUUUUGCAGUGUACCCUGAUGGGACAGACCUGCUGUCUCACGCUUUUGUUCCGGCCGGCUGGUGACUGUAAAGUGAAGGUGGAGCAGUGACAGAAUAGACAGGCAGAUCAAACAAGAGCACCCUGAGAAAACCUGACUGGGCUCGUUGCAACAUCCACCACCUUUUUUUUUUGUGAAAAACCUGAAUUUAAUCUCACUGGUGCUUGGGGCCUGGAUUGACUUGAUAGAAGAGAAUGUGACAACUUAGCAACCAUAGCCAUUUUACAUACGUACAGCGGAACAAAUUAAAUUCUGUAAAGAAGUUAACGAAGGGAUGACUAAAAAUUUAAUGCCUUAAUUAUAACCAUAAAUAUUAGUGAUGUGUUGGUUCUACUUCCUCCCCCCCCCCCUCCUCCCCCCCCCCCCCCCGGUUUCGGUGCUAACCUCCACACAAUUUCACGCUACACAAAUCAUAUAAAAUGUCCUGAUAGAUGGUGUAAUUUGUUCAGUACGAAUUAUCAGCAUUUGUGUUUACCUUAAUCAGACUACAAACAAGUCACCUAGCACCUAGCUAGCACGAUUAUUUUCACGUUAACUAGAUGACUAGAGCAACACAGUACUAUAUUUACCCAAAAAUAAUGUGCCCCCAAACUAUUUUAGUGUGAGUCUAGGAAAAAGACUUGAUACACAGCAUUUAAAAAUUUUAAAAUAAGGGGAUUUAUACAGUAUUUACGAAAUCUUAUCUGGUGCCACUUUCAUCAGUACCAGUGAUUUACAUGGCUUAUUUUAAAGAAGCAAGCAGCAGUUAGAAAAAAAAACUAUUGAGUAUUGUCUGCAGUGCUAAAGCUCUCAUUCAGAAAGCAAAGAAUGUGCAAAUAUGAGAGGGGGAGGGCAGUUACAGUGAAGUUAAAGCAUUUCCCCUCGUCCUCAUACCAAAGUGUUAUCCCGUCUCAUCUUUCACACCUGUGCCGAGGUUCAGGAAUCAGAAAACAAACACUUUUGUAAGUGGCAUUAGUAAUACAGUUUAGAUGCAGAGCAUGUAGUUUCCCCAGUCUUAUGCUCCAGAAGAAUGUACAGAAACCCAACGUAGCACGAGAUAAUCGCACGUGGCAUUCAAAAUGUCAUGGUGAGGACAGCUUCUCAGGGCAAUUACUGCUACAGGCAUUGAGACAUGCCUCGGUGUGCUACAGGUUCGACAACUGACAAACUGCAAUCAAACCACAGGAAAAAUAUGAAUGCUCUAGUGGCGGGCUGACUCACAAGGUUAGUGCACCGCAGGCCGAAGGAAUACAAGGAGAGGCCAUAAAUCCAGAGUACAUGCUAGAGGUGAAACAUCACUCUUAGCACCAGGUCAUGAAGGCGACAUUGCAAGCAAUCAAUUAAUGUAAAACACAAUUCUUUUAUGAAAAAACAAUGCUUGGGCCAAAAGGUAUUUUGUAAAGGUGGGUACUGUAAGAAAAUUGAGUUAAGCAUAUCCUGCUAGAACAUAGGUAACUUUUUAGGAAAGGUUACUACAAGACGCAUCUCACAUUCCUCGCACGAGAUAUUAAUGACCUACAAACCUGUCGUAUGCUUGAGCCAACAGAAUACUAGAACACGCUACUUGCUGGAACGAUCUGGUGUGUACGCUCGGAGUCUCUCUACUGAUGCCACUGUGCCGAUGACUGGCACACACACCAAGCGACUAGGGGCGGGGGAACACGGAGCCUUUAAAUGAGCCAGUUGGAGAUAGUGGCAAGGCAAGACACUCCAAAAACAUAUAGUUUUACAUUUACAGGUUUUAGUUUUUUUAAAGCACAUUAUAGGUAUAUUUCUGAAAGUGGAAUUAAUGGCCAUAGUAAUACCUAUAUAUGCUUGCUUGUAAUAUCUGUAACUGAUUUUUUUAACCAUGAAUUUUUGCAUUUCAUACUGCUGUUCAUUUACUCAAUAUUUUUAUUAUUAUUUUUAUUUUUUAAUGUCCAAGCAAUAUAAAUUUCUCUUUGUUUACAAUUUGUUAAAUUUUGCAUCAUUUUUUACUGCAUUAAAAAAUGUCAUACUGUAAAUUAUUACUGUAGUUUAUUUUCCUUAGUGUAAAAAAACAUAACAUUCCUUUUAAUAAUAUAGGACAAGGCUGACUUAGAGAGCUUUAUUUUAAUUUUAUUUUGUAUAAACUGAAAUGUAUGUUAAUUAAUUUUAAAUAAAUAUUUCUGACACUCAG